UUGACCCAAAGGACUGCGGCGUAUCCCACCACAGAGAUGCCUGAAUGUGAACUCCAGCAUGAACCUAGCAGCAGCUGGGAAGGCAAAAAGAGCAUCUCCAGACCCUUGAGGUUGACGUCAUGAAGUCCUCACUGCUCCCGUGUCUGGUGUUCCUCUGCAUGCUGCUGCUGCCUGCCCUGGGAGGGAAAAAGAACAAGUAUUAUCCGGGAGAAUUGUUACUCGAGGAGUGCUGGGGACAGCCCAAAGCUAAUGAUUGCAUCAAGAAGUGUUCUAGAACUUUCAAAUGUGUAUACAGAAAUCACACAUGCUGCUGGACCUACUGUGGUAACAUCUGUGCAGAAAAUGGGAGAUUUUUUGAAAGAAAGAAAUGAUCCUGACUUCUCGCCAGACCGGCCUCAUGUGAGCUAGUGGAUGCUUAAGAGACUUCAGAACAGGGCUGAUGGUUACUUUUAGAAAUGCUGUGUUGUGUAUUGGGGGUAAAAGGCAAACAUACUUGAAAAAUAAACCACUUACAAACA